GUUGUGCAGAGCCAGGGACUGAUGUGUGGGGAGAGGUGUCCCCCACCCGCAGGACUGGUUGCUCAGGCUGCUGUCUGAACUUAGAUCGGCAGCAUGCCAACACAUUCUCCCCAAACACACACUCCCCCCCGCCACACACAAUCUCUCACACACCUCCCCAACACCCACACUGUUUCUGUCUCUCUCUCACACACACACACACACACAGUCCCUGUCACACACUCUCCCCAUCCUGCCCCACAUACACUUCUGGCAAUCUAGUAGGCUGCCGAUGGAACGACGGGAUUGAGAAACCUGCAUCAUGUGAUGCUGUACCUACCCCAUGAGCGAGGCAUUGUGAACCCUUCCCAAAAGCCCAGGGCCAGUUACACAAUUGGAUAACUACCCACAGUGCAUUCCUCUGUAUCGAUGCGAGAGCUGCUAAUGUGGAUGGGCUCUGCCAACACAAGGACCAUAAUGAGGACAUGCAACAGUGAUUUCAUGGAAGCGCUUUAAUUAAAGGGCCUAACAGAACUCUGUAGUGUAGACAAGGCCCAAGAAACUCUUUUGGCUCGUUCAGCCUGAUGGAAGACUGCCUGGCCUUGGGCUCCCACACUAUGUAUGAUGCAAACUCAACCAUUUGAGAUGUGGGGUGAUGAGGUGUGCUGGAAAUGACCACACCUGGAGACUCAGAACAGCGCUGUGUGGCUACAGGUGAGGAUAGACUCUGCACACGUACUGAACAGGUGUUCUUCUCAUGCUGGUCUCGCAGGAGGAUGUUCCAGAGUCUAUACUGCUGACCACAAAGCUAUUGAAUGGCAAAAAAAAGUGUGAUGUCUACCUAAGCCCUUUUGACUUUUUUUUUUGACAUACACAUUUCUGUUUUUAUCUCCCUACUUUCUAUUUUGGUGUUUGACCCCUCUUCUGUCUUUAUUGUACCACUUCUGCAUCACUAAUAACAAUGUAACUGCAGAGAUGCUAUAGAAAAGGAUUGUGAUGGCAUCAACAUCCAGUCCCCUCUGUCACUCGGCCAGAAGUUUCUCCCUUUUCCUGAACUAUGUUGUCUUCAAUGUAAAAAUGGCUGUGCUGACAGAUCCAGGACCCAGAACUGCUCACUGGUAACAAUAGGAAUAAAAUCUGUUCCCCACAACACAAAACCUAGGGACAUUAGUAAAAAGAGUGAAUGAGACCCCAGAGUCAUGAGUCGGCUCUAUGAACAGAGAAAAGACUUUUGUUAACGUGUGCACACUUAGCACUGGUUGUGAGGUAUAAAAAGGCAGUUACCCUGCUGGAAUACUAUGGCUUGCAGCCUGAAUCCAGCUACGAUGGAAAAGAUCAUCCUUUUUGAGGACAGAAACUUCCAGGGCCGCUCCGUUGAGUGCAGCAGCGACCGGCCGGAUUUUCAAAGUCAGCUCAGCCGCUGUAACUCCGUCCGUGUGGAAAGUGGCUGCUUCAUGGUCUAUGAACGUCCCAACUUCCAGGGACAGCAGUUCUUUCUGAAACGGGGGGAUUAUCCUGACAUGCAGUCUGAGGGUUUCAGCACCUCCAUUAAGUCCUGCCGGAUGAUCCCACCUCACAGGGGCACCUACAGGAUAAAGAUCUAUGAGAAGGAGGAUCACAGAGGCAACAUGGUAGAGUUAACCGAGGACUCUCCGCAAGUCAUGGACCAGCUCCGCUCCCCCGAGAUGCUCUCUUGUUCUGUGCUGGAGGGGUACUGGAUCCUUUACGAAUUGCCGAAUUACAGAGGCCGCCAAUACCUGCUGAGGCCAGGGCAGUACCGGAGAUUCAGCGAGUGGGGCGCUAUGAGUGGCAGAGUCGGCUCUUUGAGACGUGCCACUGAUCUCUACUGAAUCAAGACGCCUUUUGCCUGGAAGGGUCUCAAGGAAUAAAAUGCUUUAACAACCAUUG